AUGCCCGAACGCAAGCGAUCAACCCGAUCAGGAAAGGCCUCCAGCGGAACAUCCAACAACCAUUUUACCACUGAGCGCUCGGUUGGUGGCGAGCGUCGUUCGAUUCGCCACUAUCACGAUGGUCGAGUAUCGCAGCGUGAGACUCCUGUCCCUGGCCCUGUUCAAAAACUAAUACAGAGUAAACUCACUACAAGAAUAGACAGUACUAGCGCUAGCACUGUCUUCAACGCCAAAGCUGUAUGCAAGCCCAAGGAACCGGAAUAUCAACCCCCCACUCCAGCUGAGAUUGAGAGGCUCGCCGGUGCGGUUACUAACCUCUUCCACCCAGAACGCACUAAGCCAUUUGAUAAGCCUCCCCUGCAGAUAGAAAGCCCGCAGUCCUGGAGUUCUGACGGCUCCUAUGGUAUGAUUACCCCACCAUUCCCUGUAGCGUCUCCUACUCCUGAAGAUUCGCCUGAGUUGAUGAGCACGGAGGUUUUCCCCCUUCCCGUGACUGUCAACCCAGAUACCUCGGAUGAGGAUUCUAAUACAAUUUCAAAACAGUGGGGCCAGAUGGGCGGGAAGAACCGUGGACAUUCAGAUAUUUACAAUUGA